AUGGAGCAGUUUCCAAGUGCAGAUGAAAUAAUGAGGAACCCAACAAGGAGACGUGGGUUUGUUGAGAAAGGCAAAUUUAUCAAAAUAUUGCCUCGUGGUGUGUUUUACGCAAGAUUGGCUUUUUUAUUUCUGGCUUUUUUCUUUCUCUUUGCUGAUUCCACUGCUGCGCUCCCGCAAUGUGCAUGGAUAUUCGGCGUCGAUGAGGGCGAGACUUCAACCAAUGUGCUGCAGCGUGAAUGGGAACCUGACGCAUGUGUUGGUAAGUAUUUUACGCUUAAAGCGCUUCCUCCCAUUUUACCAGGUCUUGUUAUUCCCAGCGUCCAUCAUCUUGUCGUGCAGUUUACGCCCACCGUCACGGGCCUGACGAAGGAAGAGGUGCGCUACGUUUCACAGGAAUUGAGUGUUAUGUGCGAUGUAUUCACGCCGGUCUGUGAAAAGGCCUCUGUGUACUACGUUGUACACGGAACAGCGAAAGGGGAAGUCACGAACGAUACGACGACGACGACGACGACGACGACGACCACCACCACACACAACAAAAGUAAGGCACCCGCUCCAGUUGCACCUUCAUGUCCUCCUGGUGGUAUCCUUCCAGUAGUAAAGACAGAGGUCAUGGUCCCCACUCGUAUUGAACCAAUGAGUUACGUGGGCAACUGCGCUGCUCCGCGGCGGAUUGUCAUCAGCAAUGUGGGUGACGAGCAGAAUAAAUAUUUUUCCGUUGAAAAUGGCACCACUCUCUGGUUUGAUCGUCGCAGUGAGAACCAAGAAGAGGGUGUUUUUAGCGUCAAUCUUACCGUCUACUGCAACGAGGUGGCGUCUUGCUUUAAUGUCAAGGCAACUUUUUUCGUUGUGAAUCCCCCUUCCCCGACCAACUGCAGCCAUGAAUACGGUUUUCACUUGGCUUUCUCGCAGAGCGUCCUUUUUACGAUUACACCACACGCAGAGGAUAAUUGUCCGGCUGGGCAAAAGGCCGUCUUUACUCCCAUAUCGUUGCCGAAAUACAAUGCGGAAAAGUUCCGACUGGACAGAACCACUGGUCAGUUUAAUUACACCGCACCGAAUGGACCAAAUGUGACCUCCGAUGCGUUUGUGUUCGUCAUUGGUUGUACAACCGACGCUGGUGAGGCUGGUCGACCACUGUGCACAGGACAUGCCAGAAUUCUUAUAACAUCCGCGCCCUCGCCGCCACCGCCACCUUCUCCAAAAGAAGAGGUCAUAUGCCCGGGAAAUUUUGUGUUCAGUUAUGGAAUAGACGGUGAAAAGAGUGACGUGCCAGGCACAUACAACCUUUUUCUGGAAUCCAGUCGUGGUGAAAAUGCUUCUUUCUGCCCCAGCAAUAAUUACACCAAUGCCGAGUUGCGAGCGCCAACACGUAAUGGGACAAUAAAUAAUUUCAACAGUACGACGGGAAGUUUUCAAUACGAGCCGUUUGGCAAAUCAAUUGAUCAUUUUGAGUUUGCGCUCACAUGUGAGACAGAAAAUGUAUGCCAUGGUACUGCCACAAUGCAACCUUGCAACAAAUCCGCCCCGACACCGGAGUACCCAUCCAAUGUAUAUGAAAUUGGAAAGAUUGUUUGCAAGGGUAACUGUGACGUCUCCGCAUGGCGUUCUUCACCGCGUUAUCCGGGUCUUUUUGAUGUUACCGAUGGGCCACAGGGGAACCGCAGCCAAUUGACGCCCCGCCACGAUGGCAAGUCACCGGAUGAUAUGGAUUUUGAGGUUAGUGUGGAGGGGAACUCGUUGUUAUUGCGGGCAUAUACAAUUAUUGGUAAUAUGGCUGCCCGAUUUGUGACAUUCAUACCCGUUGAAAACCCGAAGAGCGCAUUUUUGACGUCAGCCCAGGUACCCAAAGGUGCGCAUCCCUCUUUCAAUGCGACAUGCCUUGAUCAGCAGGCACAAUCUGGAGUUGCCUCAUCCAUCUGGACCUGGGAUGAUGACUCUGAACCCGACGGUGGGACCCUUUUGCAUGGUCAUCUCAAUACCGUGUCAGGGGAGUACAAGAGUGGAGAGAAUUACUUUCAGAAAUUUGGCGGAAAGCAUCAAGACUGCGAUGUGUAUCGCCUCGAUCCGUGCAAGUACGCCCCAAUGCUCACGCCUGCUUCUGUUAUGGAUGCCUCAGACCCCAAAAACAAGGACGCGGUAUCUGCCAUUGAUUGGAAAUUGUAUGUGAAUAAUUGCGAUGCCACGUGGGUGGGGAAUGUUUCUCUUAACCGUCUUCGCACGCUACGUAAUAGUGCGACAAACGAACCACUUUUUAACGUCGUGAAUAAAAGUCUGCUAGUGGGCACGAUUUAUACACAGGUUGUCAAACCAGCGAGUUGGGAACCACCCUACAACGGUAUUUUGUCCAUGUCGCGAGUGUACACGGUACGUAUUUCAAUCGACUACUCCAUCGGCACCAGUGUUGAAGUGUCUCAUGUGAACUAUUCGUCAAGGGCUCAAAAAGGAGCGACACCCGAAACGAAGAAGGAUAAAACACGACGGAUGAAAUCAGGAACUAAAUCGUCGAUGGACUUCUCCAUGCAGUCUGACGGUUUUGCUCAGGAUUCCUUCAAUGUCUCUGUCGAUGUGCAAUUCGCUGCAGGAGAAGACCCAAGGACGGGAGAACGUCUUUACGGCUACUCAUUUCUGAUAUAUCCGUACCAAUUAAAUUACUCCCAAAUUAUUUACAGCGUGCCAACGCUGGUUCACGUCAACGCCGCCAAGCUGCGUGUUGCGGCGUUGGAACUUCUGAAUGCCUCGUGGAGGACCCCAAACCUACAGGAUUGCGCCCAAUGUACUGGAAAGGCCGUGGCAUGUGAGGGUACUGGGUCUGGCCUUGACCUUGACUGUGAUUCCAUUAUCCGCUUUGAGCCGGUAGGAAAUGUAUCUCUCUUUCCACAGUUUGUCUUGAACAAUAAGGGAGGGGGACAAUUUGUCAACAUUUCUCUUGUAGCACGCGUGAUUGGCAGUGGGACGGCGCAAUCUGCCACCGGAUAUCCCGAAGGGUCAUUUGCGAUACGUUUAAAAUUUGCUUCUUCUGAGACCAUUAUUAUCAAUGUGCGGCAGGUUACAUACAUUACAAGUGUUAACAGCAUCGCACACCGUGUGCUCUGCCGCUCAUCCGCGUACUGGCCUGUGCCUGAUGUUUUUGGUGGUUCAGUCCCUGCUAAACCAUUUAACAGCACUCAGCUGUUAAAUGACAUCCUUAGUGAACCUUUGGAUCAGAAGGGCAAAGCCAAAGGGAAGCCGUAUUACGGCCCUCCAAAAUCUUUACACACAGACGCUUUUUGUUUCUCACAUGUUGAGCCCCAUCGACCGGGGCGUGUCGUAUUGAAUAGCAUAGCCACCACAGUUAAUGAGGAUGGUGAUACUUCUGGAUCAUCAACUGUAAAAUUGUCUCUCUGCGCUGCUUCGAAUGAACAGCUGUACGGAGUAACAGACUGGGUAUAUGUGACGUUACAUGAUAAAGCGAGGCCUCUGGAUUCAUCAACUAUUGCGAAAAUGUCGCUUGAAUACCUUGUUCUUUCUGUUAAUGCAGAGGACGUUUUGGGUGUGUUUCAAUCCGAGGAAAUGAAUAGUAGGAAUGGGCAAUCAAAGUUGUACUUUCUGCUGGAUGGAGCAUCUUCGCCGGAUAUAAUGAGCGGUGGUGAAUUGGGAGAAGAGGGGGAGCGUCGACGAUGGAUGGGCGAGACCCCAGUGGGAAAUUCAACGGUGUACUUGCGGUGGGAGAAGUACGCCGCAUUCUUACAUUACCGUCGCAUUUAUCUCCAGCCGUGCCAAUCCGACAACCAAACGAAGGAAUGUGUGACAGAACCGUUUCAUUUCGCAUUUAUUCCAGGUUCACUUUUGCAUCGUGGCAGUAAAGUUCGUGUGACGUUUUACCUCCACGCAGGCGUGCGUUAUACUUCUACCGAUGAUGUCAGUGACUCGUGGGUGGAGGAACACAUUGCCAUAAUCCCUGUCUCGGCGCAAAUUUCAUCAGCAUCACGUUUUGACCGUGACGUGUACACCCCACGUGUGGUGCCACAGAGGCACAUCAGGCACAGCAACAAGAUGGCAAGAACUCUGUUCCUUGUUUUUGCUUUGGCCAUUGUGGCUGUUCUGGCAGCUUCGUUUUGCAUUGAAACACAUUAUAGGCGUGCCCUGCACUUUGCGAAACGUCGCCUGCGGCAGCAAUCUGCCAAUACAAAAGAAAACGCUCCGCGUGAGAGGCCAUUGGGGCAAGCUUUUGCACCUCCACAGGAACAAAACGGUACUACCCACAAAAACGAUCUUGGUGUGGGUGGCGGAAUGUCUGGUGGGCAUUUUGAAAAUCGAUUGGCGCCUUCUGGCAUCCUAACACGAUACGGCGUGGUGCAGUUGGAGCCAACCCGCGUAGAGGGGUCGGAGGAGGAUUCUGGAUGCGCGGUGGCUCCGGCUAGUACGCCCGUAUAA